AUGGAUGUUUUCAUAACUGGGAACAGGGACGGCGUUGGAAGAACUCUCCUCCUCCUCCUCACAUGUAGCAUCUCCAGCCUCUUGCUCAGCUCCCUGCUCCUCCUCUACCUCCUCUUCACCCUCAACUAUGAGCUGGCGGCAGCCGGAGGCAUCGCCCCCUGCGUCGGGGCGCUGCUCACCGUUGCCCUCUUCCUAUCAAAGAGAGUACGGUGCCUGGGGAUUCUAUUUGUGAUCUCCCUUUUCAUGAAGAAGAGUCGGAACCUGCUCUUGGCCGCCGGGACCAGUUUAGUGGUUCUCAGAAAUAUCCGCAACACCUUGGAGAACACCACGGGCCUGGUCCGGAGCAUGAUCUGCAACCUGAAGGCCAAGAAAGCCGCCAUCAUCACCCCCUUCAGUAACUACGUCAAGAUGUUGAAGUGGCUAGGGAACAUGCUCAAGGGGGUGACCGACUUCGGGGUGGUCCAGUUGGACUCCAAACUCAAGGUGUCACCCAGGCUGGAGUCAGAGAGCUUCAGCUGGAAGCUCCGUGAAGCGGAGCAGAAGCUGAACGACACCGUGAGGUACGUCCAGUCCCUCGUGAACACGUUCUCCUCGGUGACCGUUCGUCUGUUCCCCGCCUUCAGCUUCCUCGUGCUCAUGCUGUUCAUCGCGCUGCACCUCAGGAAGUACUGCGGCGACGCCAAAUACCAAAACCGCUUCGUGAGCAGCGCCCUCGUUGGUUUGGACGAGAAGCGUAAGACCGAGGGGAAGGCCCACGUCCUGCCGCUCACGCCCGAGGAAGAGAAGCGGUACGCCGCCGUGCCCUCGGCCCGCCCCACCGCCACAGAGUGGAGAGCCGUGCUGAAGUUCGGCGUUCCGGUUGUCUCCCAUGUUUUGGCUUGGGUCCUAUUCAUAACUGUGGAUGCCUUAUUGUACUGCUUCGUGGAUAUUGUGACAAGAAAGCUAUCAGAGCUGGAACCGUUCCAUGUGCCGUUGUUAAUCAGCAUCACAGGGAUUGCGACUCUAAUCGGCAUACCGCUUAGUGAGGAGCGCCAUCAGAAGGACUUCUCCUACUCCGUGACCCUGUUUGAGAAGAAGUGCCUUCCUCAACCCAAGCUGCUGCUCUCCAGCUCCGUGGCUCCUCUGGCUGCCAUCCUGCUCUCCUUGUCCUUCAUGGCUCUGAUGGCUGCCAAGGCGGCCCAGCUCCGGCUGAUGGUCUGCGAGCGCUUCUUCCCCAGCGCGGCGGAGGAGAGAGCGGAGUACCUGCACGGCGAAAUCCUGAGGAAGAGGGAAGGCAGAAAGAGGAAGGGGAAAGACGACGACAGCCUCCCAUCACUUUAUUUAAAGCCUCGUUUCUGGUUCCCGCUGCUCUUCAGGCCCAAAGGGGAUCCGCCAUGUGUCGCGUAA